AUGGCCCGCGAGCUCGAAGACGGCGCCGUGGUGGCGACCGGAGUGGCUUCUUCGCUACCGAUCCUGGCGAUCGCGGUGGCCCGCGCUACCCAUGCGCCGCGCCUGACCUACUUGGCCAGCGUCGGCGCCAUCGACCCGGAAAUCGACCGCUUGCAGCCGGGUUCGGAAGAUCUGGCCUACCUCGACGGCCGGCGCGGCGAGCUCACCAUCCCCGACCUCUUCGACCAUGCCCGCCGGGGCCGCAUCGACGUGAUGUUCUUCGGCGCCGCCGAGAUCGACGGCCACGGCAACACCAACCUGACCGCCAUCGGCGAGCUCGAGUCGCCGCGAUACAAACUACCCGGAGUGGCCGGCGCCGGCACCCUACGGCGCUGGGUCAACAAGCCGAUGCUGCUGGUCACCCGGCAGAGCCGUCGCAAUCUGGUGCCGGCGGUGCAGGUGGUCUCGACCAGCGACCCCAGCCGCACAACGCCGCUGUUGACCAACCUGGGCCGCUUCGAGAUCGGCACCGCGGGCGCCCGGCUGACCGCUCGGCAUCCCUGGUCCAGCGAGCCCGAGAUCAGCGCGGCGACCGGCUUCGAAUUCCGCACCGCGAAGCCGUUGCCGAUCACCCCACAACCGUCCGCCGAACAUCUACUGGCGAUCCGUUCGAUCGACCCCGAUGGGCUGCGCGAGCAGCUGGUCGCCUGA